GUCUCUUUAUUUGCAGGGCAAAAAUGGGUUUAUUUCCACCUAUCCGCUGUUCCUGACUGACCAGAAAUGAUUUCUGAUGUCAUUUCCUGCCACCAUUUUGUAGUGCUGAGCCAUUUUGUGUCUCUUUUCUGAGGGGAGGAGAUCCUGGGGACAGAAAUUGGAGGAUUUGGAAGUUUAGGCUGCAUUGCUGAAGAGCAAGGAGAUCCUCAGCAACGGUAGUGGACUGCGCAUGCCCGAGACAGAAAUGGACCAUGUCAUGUGAUUUGAUUGUAGGCGGAGCCGCCUCCCAGCCCCAGUUCCAGUUCUGUCUCGCUCGGGACAGGAUGCUUGGAGAGAGCUCUGACUGUUUACUCCAUUGCUGCAGAUUUUGAAGUUUUACUGACCAAAGCUAAGCGCACAAUUGAUGUCUCUCCACCUGAGCAACCAGCCUCUACUCUUGAUCACCAGGCAACCCGCCUCACAGAACUAUGCGGCUAGGGAUGUCAGAUUCCAACCCUCCAGAGGUUCCAACAGACCAUAGUGGCGACAAAGGUACUGAGGUCGGUCAACUCUAUCAAACAUCAACAGAUGCUUCAGGCAGUGAACCACCUGCUACAGAUCCGGGCGACAGAGCACGUUCCAUCUGCGCAAAGAUUUCUCAGCACAUACUCCAUCCUAUUCUUAGUCCCAAAAAAGGACGGCUCCUGGAGGGCUGUCCUCGACCUCAAGACCUUCAAUCGCUUUGUACAGAAGAUAAAAUUUUGGAUGGAAUCCCUUCAUACCAUAAAGGAGGCUGUUCAGCCAGGUGACUACCUGGCUUCAGUGGACCUGUCAGAGGCCUACCUGCACAUUCCGAUCAGAGCCCAUGACAGAAUCUAUCUGCACUUCGCCUACGAUGGCAACCACUUCCAGUACCGUGCCUUGCCCUUCGGCCUGUCCUCAGCCCCGAGGGUGUUUACAAAGAUCAUGGUCUCGCUGGUCUUGCACCUACGCCUCCUGGGAGUGAAUGUCCAUCCUUAUCUUGACGACCUGCUCAUCUGGGCACGAUCCAGGGAACAAGCCAUCAAAGAUGUCCACACCACAGUGACAGCCCUUCAGGAUCACAGAUUCGUAGUCAACCCAGAAAAGACAGAGCCAUUUCGUCCCGACCCAACGGCUAGUACAUCUGGGAGCGUUGUUUGACACGGCACAGGGGAUGGUCUCUCUUUCCGAGGAGAGAAGAGACAAGAUCACACAUCAACUCUGCCCUCUCCUGCAAAAACACAAGGAGGACGUUGUGGUCUUGGCUCAAGCGCUGGGAUCAAUGAUAGCAUGCCUAGACUGUUCCCCUUGGGCCAGGUGGCACUCACAAUCGCUCCAAUGGGCCCUACUGCCCUGUCAAGACAACAUCAUGGCAGUCACACACAAGACCAUCACGAUUUUGCAGCGAGUCAAACAAUCCCUGCACUGGUGGCUGUCCCCGUCUCUCCUUGUAGAGAGACCCUUGGCAGAACCCCAUCGCACGGUACUCACAAUGGAUGCAAGUCUCUCGGGUUGAGGGCACACUGCCAGGGACAGGUGGCACAAGGAUCCUGAUCGAUAGAGGAGUCCAGACAUCCGAUAAACUGGCUAGAACUCCGAGCAGCCCACUUUGCACUGCUUCACUUCCACCACCUUCUUCAGGGUCAACAUGUUCUCAGGAUGGACAAUGUGACGGUCAAGGCACAUGUCAACCGGCAGGGAGGCACCAGAUCAAGACAGCUGAUGAAGGAAGCAGACCUCAUCUUUCGCUGGGUGGAGAACAACGUGCUCUCCAUCAUCACCGAGCAUCUAAAGGGUGAAGACAACAAUCUGGCUGAGUCGGUAGUCCCUUGAUCCAGGAGAAUGGUCGCUGCACCCGGAAGUCUUCACUCAGAUGUCCAGAAUCCUGGGUCAACCAUUGGUGGACCUGUUCGCCUCGCCAGCCAACCGCCAGCUUCCCCGCUUCAUCUCCAGAUACCACUCUCCCCUUGCGGAAGCGACCAACGCUCUCCACUCCCCGUGGCCGGACGGUCUACUCUACGCCUUCUCCCCCUCCAUUAUCAGGAAAGUCAUCAAGAAACUGCUUCUGGAAAAGGCGGAUCUGAUCCUCGUAGUGCCAUUUUGGCCCUGCAGGCCGUGGUUCUCCGACCUCAUCAAUCUCGCCACCCAGCCAUCGUGGCGCCUUCUGCUCUGUCCCGAUCUGCUGCGUCAGGGUCCCCUCCUCCAUCCCGACCCCCAGUGGCUCCAACUCUUUGCCUGGAGGUUGAGCGCGUGAAGCUAAAAGCAAAGGAGUAUUCUAAACCAGUACAAGAUACCAUCCUAGCCUCCAGGAGGCCUUCCACGAAUCACAUAUAUCAGGCCACGUGGUCGGCUUUCUUACGAUGGGCACAUUCACACAAGAAGGACUCCCUUGUGGCAGGAGUGCCAGAAGUCCUCGCCUUCCUUCAAGCGGGUCUGAAUCUUCACCUCCACCCUAGUACCCUCAAACGGCAGGCCUCUGCCCUGGCCUCGGUUUUAAACAUCUCAUCCUCCUCUGCUGGCCAGCCAGCGCUUCAUUCUCACGUCUCCAGAUUCCUGAGGGGUGCGGCCAAUCUAGCACCGCCUCCCAUCAAACGCUUUUCCUCCUGGAACCUGAAUCAAGUGUUGAAUACACUCACGAAGGCUCCAUUCGAACCCAUCGACUCAAUUCCACUUAAAGUACUGUCCUAUAAGGUUCUGUUCCUGGUGGCCAUCGCAUCUGCCUGCAGGAUUUCCAGAUUGGGUGCUCUAUCUGCAAGAAAAGAAUUCUGUACCUUUCAGUCGGAUGCAGUUAAUCUUCAGUUAGAUCCGACCUUCCUACCUAAGGUCAACACCGCCUUUCACAGGACUCAGGUUAUUGUGCUUCCCUCCUCUCCCGUUCCCACACAUCCCAAAUAAAAGUUGUGGCAUAAGCUUGACGUCCAUAGGGCCCUACUGAUAUACAUACACAGAAUCAGGGAUAUCCACAAGUCUGAUGCGCUCUUUGUUUCCUUCCAUCCUCCAUGCAUUGGCAAUAGGGUGUCCAAGGCUACCCUGGCUGGAUGGAUAAAAUCCAGAUUUCAAGGCUGUUGGGAACUUGGUUGGUUUUAAUGGUGUUUUUUUUAGUUUUUACUGAUUUUGUAUAUUUCCACCAUAGGAAAUAAUGGGGAUUUGAAGUUGUCCUAUCCUAACCCUGACAUGGACCCCCAGCUUUAAUUUUUUUUUUUUAAAAAAAAGCUAAGCUCUAGCCCUUGUAGAAGUGGAGUUAUGGAGCAAAAUGCUGAGCAACCCACCCUCUUCUCCCCACUACAAACUACAGUGCAUGUUACACUGUUCAUGUAGUUUUACCAUGUGUGUUUUAAUUUAAACAGCAGUUAUUGGGGAGGGAUCAGCACCAGGACCUUGGGGAGCGGAUAUUUAAUUUGUUCCCAUUGUGCUGCUAUGCCAAUGAAAAUUUCCAUCUCCGAGCUUCAAUUAAUCCCAGGAGGAUUAGCUUCGAGGGUAGAAUUUUUAUUGGGACUUUGGCAUGCCAGGAAAGGUUUAAAUAUCCCUUCCCUGCAUGGUGUGGUCAAUAUGUUUUUGAAUGAAUCACUUAUAGGAGAUUUUUGUGUGCAAACAGCCUCUCAUCUAGCUAUGGCAUCAUCCCGUUCUUCCCUGAAGGCUUGUUUUUCUGUCCAUGAAUCUACUGAGGUACAGUCAGGAGCAUAGGGAACUACUGAACUUUAGACCACAUGUAGAUCUGACAAAAGUGAAUGUUUUUACAGUGUGACUCUCCUGAGCAAAACAAUUCAGAGAAUCAUUAUGCCCACUUCUCCUUAGACAACUGAUUGGAGAUGCUCUCAAACCCAGGAGAAAAAUGUGUUCGGUAAAAUGACUAAGACUUUAGAAUGAGAUUUGCUGGAACCAGGCAAUAUUACCCACUUUCUACCAAUUCUCUAACCCCUCCUCCCAAAAUGGGGUGUCAAGAUAAAUUUGAGAAACUGAGUUUUUGCUGCAGAGCAGACUCCUGCUUCCUAGCAGAAUGCAAGGUGUCCCAGAGGCAUAGCAUGGUCAAUGAGUGGGACUACAAGAACUGGCAACAUUCAACAUCCAAAUAAGCCUGAAGUGGCUUAAUCACUGCUUGAGAGAUUAAAACCUGCAGAGUUAUCCAUCCUGGAAUGACAAGCAGCACCAGGGUUUAUAUCUCUGUGGCAUCCAUAGAUCCUUCAAAAGCUUACCUUCACAACCAUUUCCCAAAUAGGUUUGUUUCUAAUUAGUUGCUCUUCAGCCGUAUAGGUGCUUAGAAAAGGCCUUGUAAACUUUAUGCACCCUGCUAGAAUUAGCCUGCAAGACGUUUUCCCUACCCAAACAAUAUUUUCCUUUCAGUCUUGUCCAAGGAAGGAGAGAGGGAUAGUCCAACCUGAUUUUCCUGCCUCGGAGACCAUUGGUCUUGUGGUAGCAAGCAUGACUUCUCUCCUUAGCUAAGCAGGGUCCACCUUGGAUGAAUGGGAGGCUUGAUGUGUGAGCACUGGAAGAUAUUCUCCUCAGGGGAUGGAGCCUCUCUGGGAAGAGCAGAAGGUUCCAAGUUCCCUCCCUGGCAUCUCCAAGAUAGGGCUGAGAGAGACUGGCUGCUGCUAGUCUGUGAAGACAAUACUGAGCUGGAUAGACCAAUGGCCUGACUCAGUAUAUGGCAGCUUCCUAUGUUCCUAUUUUGUUUAUCCUAAUUAAGAACUCUCUUUACCUCAUAUAGAGACUACAGCUGCUACUCUCUUUACAAAAUGGUGAUGUAGAUGUCCACAUCAAUGACUUGGGGCUUAUCCACCAGAAGACCUUGCAGCUCACUCAUUAAGAGGCUCUGCUGCUUAAAAGGGUUGUCAGGCUUGCACCAGCAUAUAAAAUGUUGCGCUUGUAUGGGUCUGAUAUUGCAUAGGAGAUUAUUAUUAUUAUUAUACCACUUUGAAUGAUAACUUUAUUAGGAAAGUCUAACCUGAGUGACUAAUACAGAUGCAAUGUUGUGCCAGUACCCCAUAAUAUCCUGCUGCUACUCUGUGGCUUCCCAUACACUGGGAAGCCACUGCCCUCAGGGCAGCAACUACUUAUUCUAAGCUGUGAUGAAAUUUUAACAUAUCUCCUACCUCCUUUCAAGUUCCUUCUCCUUUUGUUUCAGGUUUUUAUCUAGAUUGUGAGCCUGUGGGCUGGGACGUGCACAUUUUAUUCAUGUACAAUGCUAGUAUAUUUUAGGAGCUUCUAUAAAUAAUAAAUGAUGGUAGGAUGCUCAGCAUGAGGAGCAUCAUGACCUUGAUAUAAUGUGGCAAAUUUUAGAGUCUGGUUAGUGGCACAUGGGAACAUUUGUCACCAAGGUAACCCAAAUGCUGAAUGACUGACUGCUUUUAUAAUUAUGUGAUGAUUGUGUGCUUGCCUCUAUCGCAGGAUUCCUGCAACUCCACUGUUUGCCGCUGCCACAUACCCUCCUUUCACCUAAAGGGCCAUCAAAACCCCACUCUAACCCCUGGUGGGUGUCUGUAAUAAAAUGAUGAGACUUAGGGUUGCCAGCUUCUUAUUGCAAAAGUUCUAGUAGCUUCAGCAGGGGCACAGCAAAGUUGGAAGGGGCCUGGGACAAGAUUUGAGGAUGGGCUCACCUUUUCUGCCUGCCUCGUGCUGGAUGGCUGCACUCUUAUCCUCGAAGGGCCCACCUCGCUGAGAUCAGGGCAGCAAACAGCUGUGUCAGCUCUGUGAUGACACAGAGCAACCAGCUGGCACAAGUUGAGACCAAGCAGGCAAUGCUUGCAGUGGGGCGAAAGUGGCUGGUGGUCUCUGGACCUCCAUGGCUGCUGGGCAUUUGUUUUGCCUCACCCAAUAGUAACAUUGGCUCAGUUCAUACAUAAUGCCAAACCAGAGUUAAAUGUGGCAGAGGUUGGGACUCCAGUAUGUCCCAACAUGUGAAACCACAUUUUUGUGGGAAAGCGGCCUCUGGUUUGCCUCAGCAAACUCCACUUUGAACCUUUGGUUUGCACAAAAGUUCACCACUGAGACUUGAGGUUUGGCCACUGAGGCUCUGGAUGCCGCCAUAACUGUGAUUUCAUGCCUAUUUCCAAACCGCAACCAUAGAAGCCGUAGCACAGACCUGCCCAGGGACUUGUUUGCUCCAUGCCAGCAGCGCUUCUCACUGGCUGCCACUCAGAGAACCAGCCCCACCCCUCCUCUCACCUAUGCUGCUAUGGAGUUGCCUGGCAACAGGGACCCCACGACACCCCAUUACAGCCUUGCCAUCGUCUCAAUGGGCAUUCCCUGUCCCGACUCCAUCCCUUGCUUCCCAAGAAGCAAGUGACCAUGAUGUAGUUGAAUAAGUGAGUUGAAUAAGGUGGACGCUCACUCCCCUAAGCUGGCAGACCAUCGGGUUCCGGUGCUCCUAUAUGUUGAUGAUUUGAUCCUCUUGUCCCAGACCCAAAUUGGUCUCCUCAGACUUUUGAAAAUGUUUGCCCAAUAUUGUAAUGAUAACCAUCUUUCCAUUAACUUUGCUAAAUCAAAGGUGUUGGUGUUCUCAAAUGCCAGGAAGGUUUACAGCUGGAGAAUCAACCAUAUUAAGAUCGACCAGGUUUUUAAGUUUAAAUAUCUUGGUAUCUAUUUCCAAUCAAAUCUUAAUUGGAAAUCACAGCGUUUACAUGCGAUCCAUACUGCACAUUCCACAAUGUAUGCUUUUCUCCGUU